GAAAUCAAUCGGCGAGAAAAAAAAGAGGGGAUUUAGUUGCUUCCAAGUUUCAACAACACGAUCUGAAAUCUAGAGAAAUCGGAAAAUUCUCUUACUCGAGUUUUUGCUUCGGUGAAUAUGAAUUGCGAAGUUUGUCAGCUAAAGGAACUGGAAGUGGAAUCCUUCGAGAUUCGCGAAGUUUUGCGCUGCAUUCUACAUACCAUUGUCUUUCAUCGUGCGCUUGGUCUUAUCCGCCCUAAAGAUAUUGAUUUGGAGCUUUUUGAGAUCACUUACGUACAAUGCGGUGAAAUAGAAGUGGAAAAGAAAAUUGAUGAAAAGAUUGAGCAAUUCGUAAACUGGAUUGAGAAACACCCAAACAAGAAGAGUCAGAUAUGUCUAUCGUUCUAUGAAGUCAAAAGCAAACAGCCAUCUUGGUUCACCAACAAAAUCGAACGGUUGUACUGGGAACAAUGGUACAUCAAUCUGAAUGUGCUUCAGCCCGCUAAGCCCCCAGUCGGAAAGUCUCACCAUUCUAAACUAGUUAUGGACCCUGGAGAGGCAUCUGAGGAGAGAAGUUCUCGUAGGACACUGCUUGAGCAGUCCCUUCAGGAAGUCUUGUUCCAAAUCAUAAAAUUCGUGAAUGAGAAGAAGGAUCAUGUUCCUCCCAUUAACGAUGGUGUAAUCUACUGCCCUUUUGAGAUCACUAUCCCAAGCUCAUCGGACUCAGCCUUUGGGAUGGAUAUGUUCAAGAGGAUACUCCACAGUGGCCAUCCAUCGAUGCUCGGCUAAUUCCAUUUUCCCCACUUAACUUGGUACAUAUACACUUGAUGUUUACUUGGUGCAGCCUAACUCCAAUCAACACUUUCCUAGUUG